CCUCGAAGGGUAUCCACGAGACGACACUCCUUGCCACUGUCGCCGUUUGCCUCGUCAGGGUCGUCCUCCAUUUACACGCAACUAUUCAGUUCACAAAAACCAAUGUCGUCUUUGUCCACCGCUUCCACAUCCUCCACAACCACAUUUACGGAUACCGAACUCACCGAGGUAAAGCGAGAUUUUCAAUCGGCAACCGAAUUGUAUCGAAAGAAUCUAGCCUCCACGACCAAACUACCGGCACUACAAAGUCAAAUUGCCGAUUUGGAAACGGAGCAGUCCCAACCCGAUUUUUGGGACGAAGCCAACACGAGUCGCGCCGCCAUCGUCAACGCUCAAGUCUCCACCGCCACGAGACUCCUCACCCGGAUACAAGCUUGGCAAGAGUGGCACGGAGACGCCCAGGCGGCGCUCGAAAUAUUGUCCCAAUUGGCUUCCGAGGAACGUGCCAUGCUCUUGGACGAGUUCCGUUCCGCCAUUGCGCGCUUACGCGAAGACAGCGAUCGAUUCGAAUUGGAAUUACUCCUGAGCGGCCCGUACGAUCACGCCCCGGCUCGUCUACUCCUGACGGCCGGGGCCGGAGGUACUGAAGCCAACGACUGGGUGGGCGAUCUGAAACGCAUGUACCAACGACACUGCGAGGCAAUGGGAUUGUCGUGCGUCGUACAGGAUGAACAGGCCGGGGAAGCGGUGGGCUACAAGAGCGUCGAACUGCUCGUAUCCGGUGACAACGCCUACGGUUGGCUGCAGGGUGAAAAGGGGGCGCACCGCAUGGUCCGCCUCAGCCCGUUUAACGCCAACAACAAGCGGCAAACGACCUUUGCCGGAGUUGAUGUGGCGCCGGAUAUUUUGAAUCAAGAUGAUGAUGCUUACUGGAAUACGAUUGAUGUUCCCGAAUCAGAGUUGGAAAUUACUACCAUGCGCGCCGGGGGCAAGGGUGGACAGAAUGUGAACAAAGUCAACUCGGCAGUACGCAUUAAGCAUUUGCCGUCAGGUUUGCAGGUAAAAUGUGCUCAGGAGCGGAGCCAAAGCAUGAACAAAAAUAUUGCCUUGAAGCGUCUAAAAGCGCAACUCUUGGCCAUUGUCCAAGAACAGCGCGUGGCCGAAAUCAAGGAGAUUCGAGGGGAUAUGGUGGAAGCUUCGUGGGGUGCGCAGAUCCGGAACUAUGUUUUCCAUCCUUACAAAAUGGUCAAAGACCAAAGGACGGGUUGGGAAACGUCCAACGUACAGGCCUUUAUGGAUGGUGACCUCCUAGAAGAGUGCAUUGGCUCUUUCCUACGACAUAAGGCUGAAGAACAGCGAAAGGAACAAAUAGCUAACGAGUAG